ACCUCGGUCUAAACUAAUUCCAUCACAAUCUAUAACAUAAAAUACCCAGGCAAUUAGAUAUCCAAACCGCCUAAAAUAUUUACAACCACCCCUCGCUUAGUACUCAUCAACCCCUCCAAGCUCACCUCCAAAUCUCAUACUCAGCACCUAGGGGCACCCACAAUGAGCGAAGACCUCCUCAACGAAAUUGAAGCUAUAAACUCUAUCUACGGUCCGUCGACCCUCGUCUCCGCGGAUGAGACUAGUCCCUCUAAUGAAAUAAACGAAAUAUACAUUCUCGCACUCCCAAACCAAGAUACAUCACUACGAAUACAAUUUCCAGCCGCGUAUCCAGAUGUUCCGCCUGUAAUAUUGGGAACGCAGCAUGCGGGGCAAAAUGCAAGGAAAGGCGAUGCAGGGAAAUUGGUAGAGUUUGUGAGGACGGUUGUGGGGAGAACGUGGAGAGUAGGUGAGGUUUGUUUAUUUGAUGUUAUUGAGGAGGUAGAGGGGGGAUUUGGGAUAGGUGGUGGCGUGAAUGAAGAUAAAGAUGAGGGAGAUGAGGAAGAAGAAAAAGGAGAAGAAUUGAGAGAUGAUGAGGAAUUAAGGGAUGGAUAUACACUCCUUGAACGGAAACAUGAAGAACAAAAUCAAAAUCAAGAUAUUUCCAUCACUCACCCCCCAAAUUGGAUCCUCUCCUCCAUAACCACAGAAUUAAAAUCUACAUUCAUCGCUCGCUGUAUUUCCGUCUCUUCUCCGACCCUCGCUUCCCAAUAUAUACAAAAUCUUCUCUCGACGGAUAAAAAAGUUCGCUCGGCAACUCAUAAUAUUACAGCUUGGCGCAUUAAAACGGAUAAUGGGAUUACGUAUCAGGAUUGUGAUGAUGAUGGGGAAUCAGCGGCAGGAGGAAGACUGUUGCAUUUAAUGCAGUUGAUGGAUUUGUGGAAUGUUAUGGUCGUUGUUACGAGGUGGUAUGGAGGGCAGAAGUUGGGGGCGAGGAGGUUUGCGGUUAUUAAUGCGGUGGCGAGGGAUGCUUUUGUUAAGGGGGGUUUUGUGGUGGAGAAAGGAGACGGGAAGAAGGGGAAGAAGUGAGGUGGUGAGGUGAGGGGUUUUGGGUUGAGUAAGUUGAUUGGCUGGGAAUUCUGGUUGGAAAUCGAUUUGUAUUCGCUAUUUGCCCCGUUGCAUCGGAUUCACAUCUAUGCGCCUCUAUUCUCAACCCUCUCGACCUUCUCAACCCUCUGAACAACAAUACAUCCGUCCAAAUUACCUCCAAAGCAACCCAGAAAAUACAAAACUCCACUACCCAUCACAACACCUCCCCAACUAUCCCCCAACCCACCCCAGCAAACAAACUACCUCCUUUCCAUGAAACAGCAGUCUCUCACACAUCUCCUGCAAAAAAAAUCAACCAUUUACCCGAUUCUCAAACCGCAAAUCCGAAAAUCCAGGACUUUCAUAAGUAAGUUUCUCCGCGAGGUAAGAUUUACAAAAAACCUUGAUAUCCUUAUAAGCUACCGCUCAUUCGAGCGGAGAAAUCAGCAAUAGGAAUGAGUAUGAGUGGUUAUGUACUCGUAUGUGUUGUAAUUUGGGAAAGAUUUUGAAUAUUAGAUAGCGGAUUUGAUAGAUUAGGUAGAUUAGAUUAAGAUGGGUGGAUAGAUAUUAUGAAGUAUGUGAAGUGUAUAGAAAUGAUGUAAGGGAAUAAAUAGUAAAUAGA